UUUCAUGUCCCAACAAAUCCCUAACCCAAAUCUAUUUCUCCUCUCCCUUCUCCCUCGCAGCAUCUCCUGUCCGUCAUCGCUGAGGCCAUCAUCUCCGGCGUCCCUCGGCCCUGGUCGCUGACCCAGAACGAGAAAGGUGCUCCUGCUGCUGCUUUUGUUUCCGCUUCCUUCGUCCCUCGCCCCUCAUCUUCCUCGCUCCGUCCGCCCUGUCAUCUCUGAGGUCACAGAGUUCCCGAUCCGGCUUCACAUCUCCCCCGAGAUACUUCAAAGCUCUUUUUUGAAAAAAAAAAAAAAAGCCUAUCCAAACGGCCUCGAAGUCUCUCGGCGCGGCCAUCGGCUCCUUGCGACCACUCUAUACUUCUUUGCUACCGAUUGGCGCCAAGCGUCGCCCUCGCCAAACCCACAUUAAUUUGAAGCGCUGCUAAUUUUUCCGUCAGUGCGUCUGCAACCCGACAUUAAUUCAUUGACAAGAUUCACGUCAUGCAGAUCAUAACGUAAUAAGGUAGAAGGAUGCAGAAAUUGGGAGAUUUCAAGCUGCCCCACUUCUUCAAUUAUCCACCUUACUUCACCUUGCAGCCAGUUAAGGACACCAGGGAAAAGCAGAUACAACUUUGGAAGGAACUAGUAGUUGAUUUCUGUAGAGCUCAAAAUAUUUUUAUAAUUGAACUAGAAAAUGACUUUCCUCUGUUCACAAAUCCUGUAAUUGAAAGGUCUCUAAGUCAUGAAGCUAGGGAGGUAUUUCUGUCAGCCUUAGUUUCUGAAGGCCGUGCAGAAUGGAUGGAUAAGGGACACAGAAAAUGCCUUAUCCUCUGGCACCGCAUCCAGGAUUGGGCUGACUUGAUUUUAGGAUUCGUGAAAGAUAAUGGCUUGGAAGAUAGUGUAAUGACAGUGGAGGAGAUUCGAUCAGGGACUGAAUCUCGGGGAACAGAGCUUCAUGGAGUGGAGCGAUCAGUCCUAAUGCGAGCGCUGAAGCUACUAGAACACAAGGGGAAGCUUACAAUUUUCAAGGGAGCUUCAACUGAUGAUGAAGGCAUCAAAUUCUCUAUUUAGUGCUUUUCCCUUUUGUGCCUUAUUUGUUUGGUUAAUGAUGGGUCUUUUCUAAUGAAUAUGCAAGUUGUAAUGUUGCUUUAAUUUAUUUGUCUUAAAUUUGAGACGAAGAUCACGGUGUUUUUAACUUAUGAAUUCGACUUGGCCAAUCAAGGACAACUUAGAGGCACUUUUUGUCACAA